UAUCCAUACUGCAGACCCCCGUAGUGGUACAUAUCGUAUUCCAACUGGGCUUACUAUGAUGAAAGGGAUUGAAUUUUACAGCAAAGAUAAAUAUGUUGGAUAUGUAAAAAAACCAAGUAACGGGAAUAAUCAAAGAAGCUAUCAGAAAGUUUGAUGAGAGAAAGGCAGCCAUGGACAAUGCACUUACUGGUAUUGAUCAAAUCCCGGAAAUAGUUGAAGAAAGAUCUGAGAAACAAACUGGGUCUCGUCUAAUAAAACCAGACAUUGGAAUCGUUUCACAUAAUAAUCCAAAUGAUCUGGCUCUCACAAAAAAUGGAUUUGGUGUCCAAGAAAAACCGGUUAAGAGUCUGGGAAGGGGAGAGUAUUCAACUGAAAUGACCACUGAAUAUAUGACUGCAGAAACUGAUGGUAACACUUUCUUGACCGACAAUGCUUCAUUAUAUACUCAAGGAUAUAAACAAUUCUAUUAUGCAACGGCUUUGACUAACAGAAAGACAAAUUCGUCCAAAACAAGAAAAACUUCUGAAGGUGAAACGUUAAGAUUGUUGGAAGAGGCGAGAAAUGUCUUCAUUGAUGACCGUGAUGGUUUUAGAUUAGCUACGUCUCAUAAUGAUGUAUUACUGGAAAUAGAUAAUGAAUCACUGAACAAAAAUACAGUACGAAAUGCACCACUGAAAGUGGCAAAAGCCCAGGAAUGCACAGACAGAGCCCUCAAUAUUGGUCUCGGGGUCAGAUUAAGCAAAGACUCUGGGAAGGGAUUGAGGACCAAUUAUAUGUCUUGUACAGGGUCCACUGUUUAUAACAACACUGAAGAAAAUCCAAGAAAUAAUUGCCAAAUAAUCACGAAGUACAUGUAUGCUCAAUACAAUUAUCCGUGUAUUAAUGAAACAAAAUGUAAUGAUACCGGCUCAACCACACAAAAUUCUGAGAGUGAGACCAGCUGGAAUGUUCUGAGGUUGACUGAGGAAUCCUUCAGUGAGACCAGAACUAAAAUCGUGACAAAUGAGGACACCCUAAGCAAAGGAUUUGAUACCACAGACAUUGAUAAUGAUGGUUGUUUAUUUGUUGACAAAUUUCCAAAUAACUUCAGUCGUACAUCACAAAAUGUCAAACACUUAUCUCAAGGUGAAACCCACAGCCCUCUUAGGAGUACACUUGACUCCUAUGAGCCAGUACUGAGACUCUGUAAGAACACAACAAAGAUAUUUGGUUCCUUAAACAAUGGAUAUCACACAAACUUCAGUCACAUCUACAAGACAAGUCUGACUCGCCGCCCAGGGACUGAACAAGAUGACGACGAAGUGGAUUGAUGACUGUGUUUGCUCAAUCAGAUUUAAAGAUUUAAUGGUUUAUGAUUAAGAUUCUGAAUCUGUAUUAGGUAUCUGAGAGUCCAUUAGCAAGUCUGGCGGUUGGAAAAUGUUGUCUAUUUGAGGAAUACGUCAAAAGCUUUAAUGAUAGAAAGAGGAGCAAAUAAAUGUUUUGUUUUGCACAAUCAACUAUUACAUUUCAUAUACUUUAAGCAAUUUUUUUCUGGAUCAUUUCAAUAAUGUUAAAAGUCCAGGAAUGUAAACAGCUUAGAACGAAUUGCCAUAAAUAUUCUUAACUGCUUCAUUUUCUUAAUGCAGAUUCUGAUUCAGUGUCAAUUUGAAUUUAAAAAAAAGAAGCACACAAAAUGGGAAUCUAUAUCAAUCGAAUUUAUCUAAAUCAUUUCAGAAAAGAAAUAUAAUCUAAACAUUUUCUUUUUUGAUUUGGUUGCCAGAAUCAGUACCCUAUCAAAUGAUGUUCUAACAAAAAUGUCAAUAGUUUGAAAAAUAUGAUCCAAUAAAG